AUGGCCCGCUCACCACCUCGUAGGAGACAUGAUGACCGGCCGCGAGAUCACCGCGAUCAGCGAGAGAGCUAUUCGCGUCGCUCUCGCAGCAGAGAUCGCUAUCGCGACGACAACUACCGAGACGACCGGCGCGGAGCACGACGAGAGCGAGACGACGACCGCUACGUGAGCCGCGACCAUGGGAAUGAUCGGCGUAGCCACCAUCGCAGGGAUUCGCCUCCACACGCCAGACGUGACGAGAGACGCGAGAGAUCACCGGUGAGAGAUGGACGAUCUAGCCGUAGCGAUCGUGUCCGAUCCCGUGACCGCGACGAUAUUGGUAACUGUGACAGUAAGCGACCUCGACGUGAUUCGAACGACCGUAGCAGCGAAAAGUCUUCCCGCCCAACGACAGCGAACGGUCCGCCAAAAUCCGAGGCCAAACCCGCAGUCACUACCGCUGAGGCUCAAGCGGCUGCAAAGGCUCAGCAAGAGAAAUUGGCCAGAGUUGAAGCUUGGAAGCAACGCAAGCUGCGGACUGAAGCCACUAAGACCGGGCCUGUCGAUGCCUCACCUACAGUCUCUCGACCGGUCUCUGCUGCUGGAUCGCCAGCCCCAAACAAGAAUGAGUCCAAGCCUGCAUCGCCACCACGCGCGAAGUUCGACCCCUCUGCCAUCAAGAAGCGUGCAGAUGCGGCAAUGGCCAAAGCAAAGUCAGAGAAGUCCACUCUAGGUAAUGCCGCUGCAAUUCCUACCACCAGCGCUGGCAUGGCUAACGGUACUGGUGUCAUCACCACACCUGCGAGCACUACCAAUGGCGGACCUGCAGUUCCAUUGGGUGACGCCAAGAUCAGUUCAUUCGGCCUCAACAAAUCUGCUGGAGAUGCCAAGGCAAACACUGCUCGGGCUACAGCGACACUGGACGACGAUGAGGAUGUACAGCGCAAGUUUAGAAAGCUUCCUGAUCUACCUCAAAGCUCUGUUUCCAGUGAUGCCGCGCUUGCUAACGACCAAGAGGAACAAGCUGAGUUACAGGACGAUCUUCGCAGUGACGAGGAAGAGGCAGAAGCCGCACGCGAAGCCGCUCAGCGACGCGCUGAAGCACAGACUGAGAAAGAUGUCGACAUGGUGGACGAUGGUGGAGCAGACGAUGCGGUUGAAGCGCCGGCACCCGCUCUUGCGGAAAAUAACCCAAACAAGAUGGAUGUCGACGAGGAGGUCGAUCCUCUCGAUGCAUUCAUGAGCGAUCUUGGGCAAUCAAUGGAGAAGGCACCAGCACCAAAGUUGAUAGGCAGGUGGGCUAAUCGUGGGACCCAGCUGUUUGACGAAGACGACGGCCCAGAUCUGGAUGCAGUCGGCGACAACCCUGAAGAUCUUCUCUCGAACCCCAAGCGCAAGAAGAAGGAAGUGCCAAACGUAGAUCAUUCGAAGGUCGAGUACGAGCCCAUCCGCAAGAACUUUUACAACGAGUCCAUCGAGAUGGCCGAGAUGAGUCAAGAGGACGUGGACAAGCUCCGCGCAGAUCUCGACAAUAUUCAGGUCCGUGGUCUCGAUGUCCCGAAGCCCGUGACAAAGUGGUCACAGUGCGGCUUUGGUGCCGCGAUUUUGGAUGUUAUCCGCGAGCAAAAGUUCGAAAGCCCAACAUCGAUCCAAUGCCAGGCGCUGCCAGCAAUCAUGUCCGGUCGAGACAGCAUCGGAAUUGCCAAGACAGGUUCUGGUAAGACAUUGGCUUUCGUACUCCCCAUGUUCCGCCACAUCAAGGACCAGCGACCAGUCGCCAACCUCGAAGGUCCAAUCGGUAUCAUCAUGGCUCCGACUCGUGAACUCGCGGUGCAGAUUCAUCGUGAGUGCAAGCCAUACCUUAAAGCGUUGAAUCUUCGAGGCGUCUGUGCCUAUGGUGGAGCUCCCAUUAAGGACCAGAUCGCUGAGUUGAAACGCGGUGCUGAGGUGGUGGUCUGCACACCGGGUCGGAUGAUCGAUCUCCUUGCUGCCAAUGCCGGACGAGUCACCAACCUCAGCCGCGUGACAUAUGUGGUCAUGGACGAGGCAGAUCGCAUGUUCGACAUGGGCUUUGAACCGCAAAUCACCAAGAUCCUCGGCAACAUUCGUCCAGAUCGUCAGACUGUGACGUUCUCUGCGACCUUUCCGAAGAAGAUGGAGUCGCUAGCUCGCAAAGCUCUGAACAAACCAGUCGAGAUCGUUGUUGGUGGUCGCAGCGUUGUCGCUUCUGAGAUUACACAACUUAUUGAGGUUACACCCGAGGACACAAAGUUCCGUCGUGUGCUGCAACUACUUGGCGACCUUCACGAGAAGGAUGAAGACGCUCGAUCGCUAAUCUUUGUGGAGCGUCAGGAAACAGCCGAUGACAUGCUCAAGGAACUCGGAAAGAAGGGGUAUCCCUGUGUCUCUGUCCACGGAGGACGAGAGCAGAUCGAUCGAGAUCAAGCCAUCCUCGACUUCAAGGCGGGUAUCGUUCCGAUCAUGGUUGCUACAUCAGUGGCCGCCAGAGGGUUAGAUGUCAAGCAGCUUAAGCUCGUCAUCAACUACGACUCGCCAAACCACGGAGAAGAUUACGUUCAUCGAGCAGGUCGUACGGGUCGUGCUGGUCAGACUGGCACAGCUGUCACUCUCGUCACACCCGAACAAGAACGCUUUGCGCCAUUCCUGGUGCGCGCACUACAGGACAGCAAGCAGGAAACACCCCAAGCGUUGCAAGACAUGGCAGCCAGUCACAAAAAGAAAGUCCAGUCUGGCGAGGCAACAAACGCUGGCUCGGGCUUCGGUGGAAAGGGCAUUGAGCGUCUGGACGCUGCACGUGCUGCUGAUCGCGCUCGAGAGAGGAAGCAAUUUAAGACUGAAGACGAGCCAGAAGAGGAGGAAGAGACCACGAAAGACAAGAAGGAAAGUGCAGUCGAUGCCCUCGUGGCGAAGGCUGCCGGCACCGUGAAGGCUCACGAUGCUAUCACCGAUGUACCGGCUCAGCCCACUCAGCAGUCCAUGGACCAGAAGCUGCAAGAGCACUUGGACAACGCCAAGCAGGUCACCAAGGUAGAGGUACCAGCACCUUCUGCCGCUCCUCAGGACACUAUGAGCAAAGCUGCCGCAGCAGCCGCGGCCAUCAACGCUCGUCUCGGCACAAGGGGUACUGCUCGUCCGGGCGCUCCCAUCGACAACCGUGGUCCAGACGCUGGUGCUUUCCACGCCACUCUCGAGAUCAACGACUUCCCACAGAAGGCUCGAUGGGCUGUCACCAACCGUACCAACGUAGCGAAGAUUUUGGAAGCGACUGGCACGUCCAUCACUUCCAAGGGCAAUUACUACGCGCCUGGCACUGCCCCUGGACCAGAAGAACCUGCGAAGCUGUACAUUUUGGUAGAAGGAGACACGGAGAUCGCUGUGUCUAGUGCCAUGAAGGAGCUCUCGCGUCAUCUGACAGAAGGUACCCUCGCCGCUCAGGAUGUGGAGGCUCGUGGUGGUACUGGCGGUCGCUACAAGGUCAUCUGA